CUCGAAAGAAGACUAUGGCUGCUGAGGUGAUGGACAACAGUUCGUGGACGUCGGUGAGGGACUUCACCACCCGGCACUUGUCGCUCAACCUGAGCGUGGACUUCCAGAGCUGCCGCAUUGCCGCUUCAGCCGCGCUCACGGUGGAAGCUCUGCGCGAUGGGUUGUCGGCUCUGAUCUUGGAUACCAGGGACCUUAAAAUACUCCAGACUACAGUCAAUGGACAGGAAGUCAAGUUUACACUUGGAAAUAAACACUCUUAUAAAGGAACGCCCUUGACAAUUAAUCUUCCAUAUAAAUUACUGCGGGGCCAGCAUACAGUGGUGGAGGUUAUUUAUGAGACAUCACCAGAAGCUUCAGCUUUGCAGUGGCUCACUGCUGAGCAAACAGCUGGGAAGAAGCACCCAUACCUGUUUAGCCAAUGUCAGGCAAUACAUUGCAGAAGCAUGGUCCCUUGCCAGGACACACCUUCUGUGAAAAGCACGUACUAUGCCCGGGUAUCUGUACCAAAAGAACUUGUUGCUCUUAUGAGUGCUAACCAUGAUGGGGAAUUGGCUGAUAACAAAGAUGACAGCAGAAAGAUUUACUGUUUUCAGCAAAUGGUUCCGAUGCCAAGCUACUUAAUUGCACUAGUUGUUGGAUCUUUGGAGAGCAGAGUAAUUGGCCCAAGAUCUAGAGUCUGGUCAGAGAAAGAGAUGGUGGAUGCUGCUGCUUAUGAAUUUGAAGAGACUGAAACAAUGCUCAAGAAAGCUGAAGAGCUGAUGGGCCCAUAUGUAUGGGGACAAUAUGAUCUCCUUGUUCUUCCUCCGUCAUUUCCCUAUGGUGGGAUGGAGAACCCUUGCCUCACUUUUGUAACACCAACUUUGCUGGCUGGUGAUAGAAGUCUUUCUAAUGUAAUUGCACAUGAGAUUUCCCACAGUUGGACAGGAAACCUGGUCACCAACAAAACCUGGGAGGAUUUCUGGUUAAAUGAAGGCCAUACAGUGUACUUGGAGCGUAUGAUAGCCCGUUCCAUGUUUGGUGAAAAACAUAGGCAAUUUGCAGCCAUUGGAGGCUGGAAAGAUCUGCUCGAAGCGAUUGAGACAUUUGGUGCUACGAAUCUCCUAACCAGUCUGGUUCCCAAGCUCUGCGAUACUGACCCUGAUGAUGCAUUUUCGUCUGUUCCAUAUGAAAAGGGAUUUGCUUUGCUUUAUCAUUUGGAGGAGCAGCUUGGAGGACCAGAUAUCUUCAUGGGAUUCCUUAAAGCUUAUAUUCAGAUAUUUGCCUAUAACAGUGUAACCACAGAGGACUGGAAGAAAUGCCUGUAUACAUAUUUUAGUGAUAAAACCGAGAUUUUGAAUAAAGUUGACUGGAAUACCUGGUUCCAUUCUCCUGGAAUUCCACCAGUCACACCACAUUAUGACACCUCUAUGGAUGAUGAUUGCAUAUCUCUCUGUAAACGAUGGAGCAUAGCCACCGAUGUGGAGUUGGACUGUUUUACUGAAAAUGAUCUAAAGGAAAUGACAUCUCAGCAAAAGAUUGAAUUCCUUGCUCUUUUACUGUUGGAGCCUCCAAUGCGUCUCAACAAUGUGAAACGAAUGCAGGAUCUUUACAAAUUCAACAGUGUCAAAAAUGCAGAGAUAAAAUUCAGAUGGCUGCGUUUGUGCCUCCGAGCUCAGUGGGAAAAGGCCAUCCCACUUGCUUUGGAAAUGGUCACUGUGCAAGGUAGAAUGAAGUUCACUCGCCCUCUUUAUAGAGACUUGUACAACUUUGAACAAGCACGAGAGCAAGCAAUUGAAACCUUCAAGAAGAACAAGCCCUGCAUGCACCCAAUCACAGCUGCACUGGUAGCCAAGGACCUCUACCUUGUCUAAUAAUUGACCAUUGCAGCAGUAGGCACUCUUUUCAGAUUUCAUUACAAAAUAAAGAAUUUGGUUACUGUCAUACUUUCUCUACAGAUUAUGAAAAACCUAUUUGUUGAUUCCAAUCAUUUUUCAGUUUUAAGCCAAAAUAGAAUUGUUCUAAUCAAAAUGUUGAAUUUUGAAUCCAUUCAUUGCUCCAUAGAUACAG